UAUUAAUUAACAUGACACAAAAAUCCCAUUACAUAUCCUAACUAAUUAUGGUACCAGCAGUAAAUCCUCCUACCACAUCCAACCACGUGGCAGUAAUCGGUGCUGGAGCAGCCGGACUCGUGGCUGCUCGAGAGCUCCGCCGUGAGGGCCACUCUGUCGUUGUUUUCGAACGUGGGAACCACAUCGGAGGCGUGUGGGCUUACACGCCAAACGUUGAACCCGACCCCCUUAGCAUCGACCCGACCCGACCCGUAAUCCAUUCGAGCCUCUACAGUUCUCUCCGAACCAUCAUCCCACAAGAAUGCAUGGGUUUCACUGAUUUCCCGUUUUCGACCAGACUCGAAAACGGGUCUAGAGAUCCGAGAAGACAUCCAGGUCAUAGUGAGGUUCUUGCUUACCUGAGAGACUUUGUGAGGGAGUUCAAGAUUGAGGAGAUGAUUCGUUUCGAGACGGAGGUUGUGAGGGUUGAGCAGGCGGGGGAAAAUCCCAAAAAGUGGAGAGUCAAGUCUAGAAAUUUCGGUGAUAUCUCCGACGAGAUUUAUGACGCCGUAGUUGUUUGUAACGGUCACUAUACAGAGCCUCGUCAUGCUCUAAUACCUGGUAAUAAAAUUAACCACUCAUUUUCCAUCGGUCUUGGCAUAGAUACAUGGCCAGGAAAGCAAAUCCACAGCCACAAUUAUCGAGUUCCAGAACAAGUUAAAGAUCAGGUGGUGGUGGUGAUUGGAAGCUCAGUGAGCGGAGUCGAUAUAAGCAGAGACAUAGCAAAUGUUACAAAAGAAGUCCAUAUAUCUUCAAGAUCAACUAAACCGGAAACAUACGAAAAACUUCCCGGUUACGACAACUUAUGGCUUCACUCUAAUAUUGAAACUGUCCGAGAAGAUGGUUCGGUGGUGUUUAAGAACGGAAAGACGGUUUACGCGGAUACCAUUAUGCAUUGCACCGGGUACAAAUAUUACUUCCCAUUUCUCGACACGAAAGGCGAAGUGACCGUUGAGGAUAACCGUGUUGGACCAUUAUAUAAGCAUGUUUUCCCACCAGCUCUUUCUCCCGGACUUUCAUUCAUUGGAUUACCAUGGCAGAAUAUGAAGUUACAAACUCUUGAUGUCAAUGAACUUAUUGGUCAAUGUUUCGGAUAUUUAUUGGUCAUUCCUUUUCCAAUGUUUGAACUCCAAAGCAAAUGGGUAGCCGCGGUUUUGGCAGGUAGGGUUUCACUCCCCUCACAAGAAGAGAUGGAAGAUACUAAGAUGUUUUAUUUGAAGCUCGAAGCCUCAUGUAUUCCCAAAAGAUACACACAUCUUAUGGCAGAAUUAGAUUCUCAGUUUGUAUACAAUAACUGGCUUGCUGAUCAAUGUGACUAUCCUCGGAUCGAGAAAUGGAGAGAGCAAAUGUUUUACAAGGUGUUCAAGAGAAUACAAUCCCAAGCCAGUACAUAUAAGGACGAUUGGGACGAUGAUCACCUCAUCGCAGAAGCAUAUGAAGAUUUCGUCAAAUUCCCAUCUAACUAUCCCAGUUCUUUAAUCGAAAGAGAAUAUACAAGCUGA